UUUAUACCGGAUUUCCGGGGGCGGAGCCCGGCAUGCAAAUUGCAUUCGCCAAAUUUCAUUGGCCUUUUCUAUAGUAGUCAGAGUUGAUUGGUUCUCAAGGGCGAACCCCAUCUGUCGUUCUCGACACAACGUCUCGUUCCCUCCAUCAGGGAACUGAGGUUACAUACGUAACCAAGACGUUUCACAUAGUUUUUUUAAAUGGAAGUGAAAUAAACCAUGUAUCAUCAGGAUGUCGACAUUUGGUAUGCACGUAUGCUAGGCAUGUGUGUGAGUGGUCUUAAGAGGCCAUGACCUCGGUGAAUGUUUUGAAAUAGCAACAACAACCUGUUAAGAAAUGUGAUCCGGGACCACAAAACCUAAUAAGCCCAGGAAUAUUUGUGGGAAUAGUCAACAGAACAUUGCAUGGGGGCAAAAUAAUCUUCAAAAGCACUUUUCUCAAUAUUUGGAUUUUUGCACCUUCAGAUUCCAGAGAUUGAAAAAGUUGUAUCCAACCAUAAUAAACGUAUGCAUUGGUGGAAAACUUAUUUAUUCAGCUUUCAGAUGAUGUUUAAAUCUCAAUAAAAAAAAGAAUGUACCCAUUAGACGGGUUUUGUUGUCCAGCGUUACAAAUAUUCAAAAUGUAUGGCUUUAAUACCGGGUUGCCAAGAUAUGUCUGGGGAAACAUUUUGAGAACUUUGAAAAUGUGGGACACACAGGUCGCCGGUGAUUGACAAAUCAACAUUUCAUAAUUUGUUUGGACUUUGAAGAACAUACUUGCUGCUUCCAAUUUCUUAUCUCUUGUAACAGAAAACUUCUACACCCUUACUGCUGCUUGUCAGCCUCACAGUAAUGACGUGCACAUAGUCAUUUAUAGAUAAGAAGAGCAAACUGUGUCCUUUCAUAUUUUCUGUUGGCAACAGUAUUCAGGGCGGUAGUUCAGCGUAAACAGAAAUGAUCAGGUAUAUGUCUUUUAAAAGUACACUUGUAUUUAUUUGCAUACUUGUGCAUCUGCACUGGAGCCAUCAACUGUAUGGCAAAACAAGUGAGGAGUGCAAAAACAAAGAAGUGUAUGAUCAUACCACCACAGCAGUGCCAGAAAAACUAAAAGAUGGAGUCGAUGAAGUAUAUUUUGUUAACAGUAAGAUUAAUAUCCUACCAAAAGGAGCCUUUUCUAAAAACCCUCAAGUCAAAAGAAUCGAAUUUAUAGGUACCCCAACCCAAACUGUAGAGGUCGGAGCCUUUGAGGGUUUACAUGAUAUCACAAUCAUUGAGAUAUCUGGCACCCAAGUGACGUCAUUACCUGUUGGCGUUUUUAAAGAUCUCAUCAACCUCAAUAAACUUACUUUGAAAAGUAACAAAAUUCAGAGCCUGGAAAAGGGGUUAUUUGAUGAUUUACAGAAUCUUGAAUAUUUGGGCCUAAAUAUGAAUGAGAUCACCUCUAUUGAUGAGGGAACAUUCGACAAUUUGGACAAUCUUAAAACUCUUCAUCUUGGAAAGAACAGCCUUACUUCCGUAUCGACAUCUCUUUUAGCAAAUCUUAAAAAACUGCAGAUUUUCAGAAUCUAUGAGAACCAGCUUAACACUAUGCCCGAUGGGAUUUUUGAUGACUUCCUGAAUUUGACAGAAGUAGCUUUGAAUGGCAACAAAAUCUCAUCUAUACAACAAAAUUUGUUUCCACACAAAAGUCAAUUAUUAAAAUUGUAUUUGAACAGUAAUCUUUUAACGGAACUUCCCGAAGAGCUGUUUGUUGGUUUCUCUGGACUGAACACUCUAACUCUGCAUAGCAAUCAGCUCACCAGUCUCCCGACCGUCCUCUUCGGAGAAAUGGCCAAUCUGACUGAUUUGAAUCUCAGACAGAAUAAUCUCUCUUCAAUACCACCUGGAGUUUUCAGUCCCCUUAAGAAGCUGAAGAAGUUAGACCUCUCCUCAAACCACUUCUUGAAUUUAUCAGGGGACUUUUUCGAAGGUCUCGAGAAGUUGUCUGAACUUAAUCUUCAAAACAACAUGAUACAAUCAGUGAAAACGGAGGACUUUGAAAAAAUUAAGUCUCUUUUAAGCCUCAAACUGGACAAUAAUAAUCUCAGAAUCCUUCCUGAGGAUGUUUUUAGCAACCUUCCAAAACUAAGUAAAGUUUACCUAGACAAAAAUCCAUGGCACUGUGACUGUAACCUGUUGCCAUUUUAUGAAUGGAUGGUAAACAACAAGGAAAAGAUCAAAUCGAAAACUCCAGAACUUUGUGAAUCGCCUAUAGAGCUGCAUAAUCAAGCUCUCUUACUGCUAAUAGAAGAUGAAUUGAUAUGCCGCACAACAACCCCACCCUUUGCCACUACCAUGCCCUCUACAACUUUCUUAACAACAGCGCUACCGACAACAACAACAGUUUUAACAACAGUGGCACCUACAACAAUUUUAACAACAACAGCACCACUGACUACAACAACAGUCAUAACAACAACAUCAACAGCAGAACCGCCAACUACAACAUCAGUCUUAACAACAGUGGCACCUAAAACAAUUUUAACAACAACAGCACCACUGACUACAACAACAGUCAUAACAACAACAUCAACAGCAGAACCGCCAACUACAACAUCAGUCUUAACAACAGUGGCACCAACAACAAUGUUAACAACAACAGCACCACUGACUACAACAACAUCCACUGCAGAACCGCCAACUACAACUUCACUACCGACCACAACUUCAUCAGCCCCCACCACUACAAUACAACCACCAACAACUUUUAUGUCAUCCACGUUGAUUCCAACUACAACAUCAUCACAAACAACAAUCGCCACAACUUCUGUGACUACAACUAUAUUAAUUCCUAACAUGACAGCAAGCACGAUUAAAAAAACAACAACACUUUUCCCCACAACAUGUAACAGUUUAACCUGCACCGGCUCCCAGCAAUCGUCUUUCUCAAGAGCCACACCCACCCGCAGGUUCUCAUCAUGUGAGACACUCAUGAUAUAUUACUCUACAUUGCUGGUUAUAGAAAUCUGCUGUACCGCAGUGCUGGCCAAGUUGACAUAUUCACUACACUGCUCUCUCCAGCAUAGAGAACCACAUCACAACCAGGUAAACUUGACCCAUUUUUCCUAUAGAAAAUCCAUUGUACUAAAACCAGUCGUUGAGACAGAGACCAUCGCUCUAUGAGGAAUUAGAGGAGAUUACUUGCAUCAUUCCUUCUGCACUUUCUUAUAAAACACAUUCAUUAUCAUUAUUUCCGUUGGCUGUACUGUUCUUAUUGUCAGUGUCAUUGCUUGUGUGUUAUGGAGGAGGAACAGGCGGGGCAGUCAGGAUCUGGACCGUGAAAGAAAUAAAAACUCAGUCAUUUAACACUAAAGAAAAACUCUUGUAAAGCAUCAUCAACAUUAUUUGCUGUACAUUAUUAUUUACAAUUAGGAUCAUAGGUGGAUAGAGUAGCCAAAUUCUUUACUAAAGUAAAACUAGGCAGGCAUUUAUCAUUGUUGCAGUUUUGGUUUGAUAGAUAUAGAUUCAAAUCCACUUCACCCAACGCUCUUUGCAUGUUCUUAAGCCUCCCGCUACGAGUGAGUAACCCACCGCUUCAGACGAUAUAGAUUGUGCUGAACAAAAAACUUGAACUUCUUUGUUAACCUAUUCAGACGGUUUUGCCUAUUGUUUAAUUAAUGCUUUCAAAAGAAUCAAUCACUCAGGAAUGCAUGUAAAAAUAGACAAUAACCUUGAAAUAAACAAAGCAUUUUAUAAUGCAUGUUUUAAAAUAAGGAACAAAGGAACGUCACGCAGUGUAACAAAGUGAUUGUACAGAUUUUCUAUUAAAAAUAUUUUCAAGUAAGGGUAAAAGUACCCACUUUUCGUUUUACUUUAAAAUUAUAUAUUUUCCAAAAAGUUACUCAAGUAAAUGUAACGUGUUACAUCUCACCUCAGGUUUGGAUUUAACAGGAUUUAUGGUAGGCAAAAAAAGACAGAAGUGGGCUCAUAACAAAAUAUGUGUCAUUUUGCCAUUGUGUGUGUAUAUUUGAUAGUCAUAAACUCAUUUAUCUGACAUGAGUAUAAAAAUGGACUAUACUGUGUCUGCUGUCAAUUUUGUCAGUAUUAUUGGUUACAUGCUUUUCUGCAAUUCUGAAUAAAACUUUUUCUCCAGAUAAAUAGCAGAAGCAUAUCUUUCACAUAGUUUUUGUAAAUGGAAGUGAAAUAAACCAUGUAUCAUCAGGAUGUCGACAUUUGGUAUGCACGUAUGCUAGGCAUGUGUGUGAGUGGUCUUAAGAGGCCAUGACCUCGGUGAAUGUUUUGAAAUAGCAACAACAACCUGUUAAGAAAUGUGAUCCGGGACCACAAAGCCUAAUAAGCACAGGAAUAUUUGUGGGAAUAGUCAACAGAACAUUGUAUGGGGGCAAAAUAAUCUUCAAAAGCACUUUUCUCAAUAUUUGGAUUUUUGCACCUUCAGAUUCCAGAGAUUGAAAAAGUUGUAUCCAACCAUAAUAAACGUAUGCAUCGGUGGAAAACUUUUUAUUCAGCUUUCAGAUGAUGUAUAAAUCUCAAUAAAUAAAAAAAUGUACCCAU